AUGCUUCGACAACAUGAUUCAACCAUUGACAACGCUGAAACAACUUCAAAUGACCAUAAUACAGAAUAUGAUAGCUUAUCGUCGUCGUCAUCAUCAAUUAUCGAUGAAGAUAUCGAUUUUGAUUUAGUUUAUUCAAUGCAUACAUUUGAAGCUACUGUUGAAGGUCAAGCAAGUGUAGAAAAAGGUGACUCUUUAACUUUGUUGGAUGAUUCUAAUAUUUAUUGGUGGUUAGUUAAAUUGACAAAAAAUGGAAAAACUGGUUAUAUACCGGCUGAAAUUAUCGAGACACCAUAUGAAAAACUGGCAAGAUUGAAUAAAAAUAGAAAUCUUAAUUUAGCUCAAAAAGGAGGUGAAGGGGUUGAAGGGGUUGAAGUAAUUAAUUGGUUUGAGGGUGUGAAUGAGGGUGAAAUAGAUGAAGGAGGUGAAGAAGAGAAAGAGAUAGAUAAGACGAACUAUGAACACGAAGAUGGUCAUGAUUGUCAAGAUGAAUCUAAAAUUGCAGUAAAAAGCGAAAAUCAAAUACCAGUGCCGACUACUACAAGUCCUUCAACACUAAAAGAUAAAUUUAUCUCUGCCUUUAGCACCACAACCAUUGGGAAUUCUUCGAAAAUAGAGACAGAAAAUGAUGUUAAUAAACAAGUAGUCGACCCAUCAACUAGCCAUCUAUUAAGUCCAGAAGUUGCUCAACAAAAUAUUCAACUUUCUAAUAAUCUACAAUAUAAUCGUCAAAAAAAUGGUGGCAAUAUAGCACCAAACAAAAAUAAAUCGAAAAGAAAGCCUGCUGGAAUUCCUAUCAAACAAACAGUAAAUAAUAACAAUGUAUCGCCUGCUAAUCCAAAUGACUCUGUACCACCUCUUUUGGAUGUCUCUAAUGAUCAAACCCAGGCAAUCAAAUCGAACCUCUCACCUACUUUAGGCAAUGAUUUUAUGGACUUUACUGAUGAUGAUGACGUCGAGAAAGUUAACAAAAAGUCAAACAAAACCGCCCUUAGAGAAUCUAAUAGAUCAACAGUCUUAAAAGUUACAGAGGGGAAAAAAGCUCAAAAAAAAGAAAAGGAAACAACAUCAAGAAAAAUCAAAAAUAUGUUUAUGUUCAAGAAAAUGCCAUCAAAGAAAAAGGAUGAUGACUCUAUACAUCAAACAUUAAAUUCACUUUCAACUGCUUCAUUAUCAACCACAAAAAGAAGUUCCACAUCAUUUUCUAACACGUCAGUUCAUCCGACAGUGGAAAAUCUUGAAGGCGAUGAAAAGUCGGUUGAUGUCACCUUCUACUUGAAUAAAAAAUCUGUUGAUAGAAAUAAUAGCAGAAUAUCAUCCAUUUGUGAUAAGAAACAACGCUUACGCUUACGCGUUCUAAUAUAUGCUGAUGAUUUGCCAGCUCAUUUACGAUUUAAAAGUCCCCCUUCAACACCACCUCCGUCACAAAUACCAAGAAAAUCCAAGUCAGUACCAAAACAUCUUAUUGAAAAAACUGGCAGAAGACGUUCACAUGAAAAUGGAAAACCAAGGGAAAAACAUUUAAUUGUUGAUGGUUUGGCAACUGUAUAUGAUGUUAUAUCGAAAUCUAUGAGUAAGUUUGGCAUUAUUGAUGGUGUAGUUGAUGAUGGUGAAUAUAUAGAACGCAAUGAUAUUAAUGAAGUACCACGUUAUAAACUAAUGCUUAGUUCAGAAGGAAAUGAAAAACUAUUGCAUCCUAAAACAGAAAUCCUGUCUGUUUAUCAAACACCUCCAAACCUUAUACGUUUAUCAGUUGAUUCAUUAGAUUCCAAUUCUUCACUCGUACAAAAUUAUCUUCCGGAUGAACCUACAUUUGUUCUACGUCUAUCAAAACCUGAAAAUUGUGUUGAUAUUGUUACAAGUGAUGGUGCAAUUAGAAGUUCAAGGAUUUUUGAUGAGUCAAAAGUGCGUUAUUCAUUUAUUUUAACUGACGGAGAAGAAAUGGAUAUCAGUGAUAUUAUUGAAGAUGUUAUGGGUUUUGACAAAAAGAAUCUUAAUAGAAGGAGUACUCAAGAUGUAGAUGUUUUGGUAAAGAUUGCAGAUGGUGCCCAAAAUAAUGAUAAUGAUAACAUAUCAUGUCAGUCAUUAAAUAAGAUUGACCUUGUGAUUGAAAAAGUAAAACCGACAAUAAAUCAAACCAUAGAGUCAGAAAAUAAGGAUAUAAUUGUUGAUUUGGUGCAUAAAGCUAAAACACCAUCAAAAAUAAGUAGAUCAUCUUCAGUUUCAUCGGCUAAUGAUUUUGGUUUGGAAGAAUUGUUGAUGCUUGCUAGAGGUGUUAACAAGUUGGAAUUAAAAGAACGUAGAAAAAGUGAUUGGUAUUUGAAUGAAGACCCUCAUAAAGUAUUGGAUCAACUUAAAUCAAUUGAAAUAAAAGAUAAAAUUAAAGAUAUUUUCGCUGAUAUUACUCAGGAACUUGAUAAAAUGGAUCAGGAUCUUGAUAAAUUACUAGCUGAUACAAUAAGAAUUUUUUGA